AUGUCAGUCUUAGAUCCACGACACCUGCUUCUUGGCCUGGCCGCGGCGGCGUCGGCACAGCUGUCGGUAACAUUCUAUGAUGCAUCCUGCCCGAGCGCAUUGGCGACGAUCAAGAGCGGCGUGACGGCGGCGGGAUGCAACGCGUCGGUGCUGCUUGCCGACACCGCCAACUUCACUGGUGAGCAGACCGUGUUCCCCAAGGUCAACUCCAUCAGGGGACUCGACGUCAUCGACAGGAUCAAGGCGCAUGUCGAGGCCGUCUGUGCACAGACCGUCUCUUGUGCCGACAUCCUCGCCGUCGCUGCCCGAGACUCCAUCGUCGCCCUAGGAGGGCCUUCAUAUACGGUUCCGUUGGGGAGAAGGGACUCCACCAGCGUGAGCCUCUCGAAGGCAAACAGGGACCUCCCUCCGCCAACCUCCGACCUCACUGAUCUCGUCGGCAACUUCUCCAGGAAAGGGCUCAGUGUAACCGACAUGGUUGCACUGUCAGGUAAUUAAUCGCUGCAAUCAUUACACCGAAUAAUUCGUGAGCUGUACUGAUUUGCUUCACGUUUCAAUUUCUUGCAUGAAGACACUGAGUUUAUUAUUAGUACAGGAGUAUUAUUUUCGGGAUAAAUAGAAACGUUGCUUUUUUUCUUUUCUUGCGGGAGAAAAGGAUGUGUACUCCAGAUGGAAAGACAUGCCACAUGCUCCAUCAGAUACUCCCAAACAUGUCUAGUCUUAGUCUAGUCAAUGUUUGGCACGUAGC